AUGGCGUCGAUACAGCGUCUACGGCCCGCCGCUCGUCGGACACUGCAGGUCAAGACGUGCACGGCGUGCCGCGCAGCGUCCAGCCAGCAACGCGCCUUUUCUGUCUUUGACCGGCCGCCGCCCAACUACGAGGGCCAUGUGCCUUUGACGAGGAUCGAGCGAGCCAGUCUCGCCAUCGGCUCCGGCGUCAUGUCGCUCAUCAACCCCUACCGCCACGACCUCAUCGCUGCCCUCGGCGAGGCGACCGCGACACCGUACUUCAUCUACCGCCUGCGCGACGCCAUGCUCGCCGACGCGACCGGCCGGCGCAUCCUGCGCGACCGCCCGCGCAUAUCCUCCAAGACGCUCUCCAUGGCUGCCCUGCGCGCCCUGCCGGCCGGCAGCGUGGGCCGCGCGUACGUCGACUGGCUGGACCGCGAGGGCGUGACGCCCGACACGCGCUCGGCGGUGCGGUACAUUGACGACGAGGAGUGCGCGUACGUGAUGCAGCGGUACCGCGAGUGCCACGACUUCUUCCACGCCGUGACGGGCCUGCCGGUGGUCAAGGAGGGCGAGGUGGCGCUCAAGGCGUUCGAGUUUGCCAACACGCUGCUGCCGAUGACGGGGCUGAGCAUGCUGGCCGUCACGACGAUGAAGAAGCAGGAAAGGGGCCGGUUCUGGGCCAUCUAUCUGCCGUGGGCGGUGCGCAACGGGCUGAGGAGCAAGGAGGUGAUUAACGUGUACUGGGAGGAGCAGCUGGAGCGCAGCGUGGACGACUUGCGCAGGGAGCUGGGCAUUGAGCAGCCGCCGGACCUUAGGGACAUACGGGCCAAGGAGAGGGCGGAGCGUAGAAAGUUGGCAAAGCAGGCUGCUUAG